CACACUCCACCGCCAGGCAAAACAUCAAACGUUUGCUGUUCACAGAUCAUUUCCCACUUCAGCGAAAGUUUAAGUACUCGAUUUCCAUCAUGAUUUAUGAGCUGUGUGUUCUGAUAUGCGUAGGGAUCCUCUCUGCGUCCGCUCUACCUGUCAACGACGCCUGGAAACACGUGGUCAGACAACGUCGUAACGCUGCCAACUGUCAACCACCUCAAGAUAUCAACCAACUCUUCCAAAGUCUCAACGCCAACACCGACACCUCCAUCUUUCUUCGUAACGCUCAGGGUGCCAGACCGGGGUCAUAUUUACACAGCGAGCUGAACACCGACCAGGUGUUCGACAGUUCCCACCUCGGAGGCAUCACCUGUCCCAGCAGCGUCAGUGACGACCCUCAGGACCCCCUGUGGAUGAGGUCCCUCUGUCCCUGGUACUACAACGUCACCGAUCUGCCCGCCGGUCACUACCCAAGUGCCAUCCCCCAGGCCGUGUGUAAGUGUGACAAAUGCGUUGACAAUAACCAAAACCAGUGCGAGAGAGUUUCCACUCAAAUCCGAGUUUUAGAAGAAACUGGCUGUGAAAAUGGUUUCUUUAUCUACAAGCCCAAACUCGUCACCCAUUUCGUUGGGUGCACUUGUGCCAAACGCCGGACACCAACAGUAGGUUCGAACACUGCCCCAACAGCAUCAGGCAGUGAAAGUAGUUGUGGGGAUUUUGGAUGUGCCCCCUAAACGAGAGACUCGUAGACGAUGUCGCCAAUUGAUGGUGUCAUUUUCCAAUGGACUAUUUCCAGUGAGGAAAUACCGUGUUAGUCAGUGUCUGACAACUAUCCCGUUUAGGUAGAAAGGUGUUGUACAAAAGCUGCAUUUCCGUCCAUGUAUGAAAUGCCUUAUUUCUUCAUACAUCACCACGACAUUAAUUCAGUCCAUUUUCGUUUAUUUAUUGAAUGUGCUUAAUCUAUUAGAAAUGUGUGUAUUUUGAAUAUUUACAAUUAUGCAUUUAUUGCAAUGUGUUUAUUGUGAUAUUUAUUGUUGACAACGCAUCAAGUUGAAUGUUGAACUAAUAUCACCCCACAUUAAUGGAAUCCAAUUCCAUUUACAUAUUCAUAAAUUAUUGUGUAUGUUAUACUUUUUGUGAAUGUGUGGAUUUUUACAGUGAUGCAUUUAUUGCAUUAUUAUUUUGAUAUUAUAUUGUUUUUACAACGCAUUAGGUUAAAACUUGGACCGAUGUCUGU